AUGUCGACGUUGUUAACUCCAGACAUCCUAGCCAUCGUGGACCCGCUAGUGUCGCAGAUAAAACGUCGACAAAUUACCGGCGACAAGGCCAUGGCCUUGGAAGUGGCUCACCUCUUGAUGAGAGUGAUUUCUGCCGCCAGAUGGACAAACCCUUACGAUCUUCUUGCGCUACUUCGCAAGGUCGGAACGAUUCUUAAUGGAGCCAGACCGCGUGAUGUAAUCCCGGGAAAUAUCGUUAGAAGAGUGUUAGCGUUGAUCAGAGACGAGAUCGAGACAGAAAAUGCUGGAGACAACACCCCCAUGAUCAGCUCCAUGUUCAGCUUACUCUCCACCACGCAAAAUACGAAAAAGAGUCUCACAGUGCAUACGAAAAAGCAGAGCAGCGACAUGAGGUCCAUCAUCAUUCAGGGAAUCCGAGACUUGAUCGAUGAGAUCUCCAACGUCAAGGAGGAGCUCGAGAAUAUGGCCGCAGACCUCAUCCACGAGAAUGAGGUGUUGUUGACUGCCACACCAACCUCUGACACUGUAUUGCAGUUCUUGAUAAAGGCCAGAGCAAAGAGAAGAUUCACGGUGUUGGUUACUGAGGGAUAUCCAAAUGACAUCCAAGAAGCCCAAAAGUUUGUAAAGACCUUGGCCGAAAACAAGAUCGAGACUGUUCUCAUCCCUGAUAGCACCGUUUAUGCGGUGAUGUCACGAGUGGGCAAGGUGAUUUUAGGAGCCAAGGCAGUUUUUGCCAACGGAGGCUGCUUGUCCAACUCGGGGGUGGCUAACGUAGUGGAGUGUGCCAAGGAGCACAGAACACCCGUAAUUGGAGUCACAGGUCUUUACAAGUUGUCUCCCUUGUAUCCAUUUAAUAGAGAGGACUUGAUCGAGGUGGGAAACACAGGCAAGGUUCUCGACUACAGUCAGUAUGAACUUGUGGAGAAUGUCGAAAUGGUGACCAAUCUGCUUGGUGACUACAUUCCCCCGGAACAUAUUGAUAUCUAUAUCACCAAUGUCGGUGGUUUUGCUCCGUCAUUCAUCUACAGAAUUGUGUUGGACAACUACAAGACGGAAGACACCAAUUUGGAAUAG